GCGGCGGCGAGCGCGGCCGGGGCGGCUCAGUGCGAGCUGGGGAGGGUCGAACUCAGAUCUGGGUCCGUGCGCUGAGCGUGACGGCGGCGCGAUGUUCAGCUGGCUGGGGCGGCAGGCGGGCGGGCGCGAGCGCGCCGGCGGCGCGGACGCAGUGCAGACGGUGACCGGCGGCCUGCGCUCGCUCUACCUGCGCAAGGUGCUGCCGCUGGAGGAGGCGUACCGCUUCCACGAGUUCCACUCGCCGGCGCUGGAGGACGCCGACUUCGAGAACAAGCCCAUGAUCCUCUUGGUGGGCCAGUACAGCACGGGCAAGACCACCUUCAUCAGAUACUUGCUGGAGCAGGAUUUCCCAGGCAUGAGGAUUGGUCCAGAGCCCACCACCGAUUCCUUCAUUGCCGUGAUGUACGGAGAGACUGAGGGCAGCACCCCAGGAAAUGCUUUAGUCGUGGACCCCAAAAAGCCAUUUAGAAAACUUAGUCGCUUUGGAAAUGCUUUCCUGAAUCGAUUCAUGUGCUCCCAGCUGCCCAAUCAGGUCCUGAAGAGCAUCAGCAUCAUCGACAGCCCCGGCAUCCUCUCCGGGGAGAAGCAGCGCAUCAGCCGAGGGUAUGACUUCUGCCAGGUCCUGCAGUGGUUUGCCGAGAGGGUCGACAGGAUCAUCCUGCUUUUCGACGCUCACAAGCUGGACAUCUCGGACGAGUUCUCAGAGGCCAUCAAGGCCUUCCGGGGCCAGGACGACAAGAUCCGAGUGGUGCUAAACAAGGCGGACCAAGUGGACACGCAGCAGCUGAUGCGAGUCUACGGGGCCCUCAUGUGGUCCCUGGGCAAGGUCAUCAACACACCUGAGGUGCUGCGCGUCUACAUCGGCUCCUUCUGGGCACAGCCCCUGCAGAACACAGACAACCGCCGGCUCUUCGAGGCCGAGGCCCAGGACCUCUUCAGAGACAUCCAGAGCCUUCCCCAGAAGGCAGCGGUGCGCAAACUCAACGACCUCAUCAAGCGAGCAAGGCUGGCCAAGGUACACGCCUACAUCAUCAGCCACCUGAAGAAGGAGAUGCCAAGCGUAUUUGGGAAGGAAAACAAGAAGAGGGAACUUAUCAGCAGGCUACCAGAAAUCUACAUUCAGCUACAGCGAGAACACCAGAUUUCUGCAGGGGACUUCCCCGAAGUCAAGGCCAUGCAGGAGCAGCUGGAGAACUACGACUUCACCAAGUUCCACUCGCUGAAGCCCAAGCUGAUCGAGGCCGUGGACAACAUGCUGAGCAGCAAGAUCUCGUCCCUGAUGAGCCUCAUCAGCCAGGAGGAGAUGAGCGUGCCCACGCAGCUGGUGCAGGGUGGCGCCUUCGACGGCACCGCCGAGGGCCCCUUCAACCACGGCUACGGGGAGGGCGCCAAGGAGGGCGCCGAUGAGGAGGAGUGGGUCGUGGCCAAGGACAAGCCCGUCUACGACGAGCUCUUCUACACCCUGUCGCCCGUCAACGGCAAGAUAUCGGGCGUCAACGCCAAGAAGGAGAUGGUGACCUCCAAGCUGCCCAAUAGCGUCCUGGGCAAGAUCUGGAAGCUGGCCGACUGCGACAGCGACGGCAUGCUGGACGACGAGGAGUUCGCGCUGGCCAAGCACCUCAUCAAGAUCAAGCUCGACGGCUACGAGCUGCCCAGCAGCCUGCCCCCCCACCUCGUGCCCCCCUCUCACAGGAAGUCCCUGCCGAAGGCCGACUGAGGGGCGGGCCGUGGCAGGGGAAUCGGGGGACCUGGGCCGAGGCCUGCUCUGCCACUGACUUCACCGAAUGACCUUGGGCAAGGCACUGCCCUCUCCGUGCCUUGGUUUCCCCAUCUGUAGAAUGUGGAGGGCAGACACUGGACACUAGAUGAGGUCCUUUCACCUUCAAAAUUCCCUGAGUUUCUAUCAAAAUAUUAGGGGGCCAAGGAUGGGUCAGGGGAUGGAAGUGUUCAGAAGAAAGGGAAAUUGUCCAAAGAUUCUCUGGAGCCUGGAGAAGCACGUGGAGACUGGGGUUUGGCAGAGUCCCAGGAACCUUGGGGAGUGGGCUGGGGGCUCCCUGGGCUGUUUGCCAUCACAGAUGACCUCUGGAGCACCUGUCUGUCCCUCAGAGGGCACCAGGGGGCAGCAAAGAUGAUCUUAUUUAUUUUGUUUUCUGCUGUAUUUAGCGUGGGGGGAAAAAAUAGAGUAGAGGGUUUCUGCUCUUUCCAGACUGUCUACCAAAGAGUAGAAGACAGAUGUCCUGGGUCAGGGAGGAGGUGUGCUACUUCUGUGCCCCGUCCCUUCUGCAAGCCCCAGCAGGGCCAGCAGCCAGGCCCAGGAGUGUGUCUGUCCCAGAACCCACUGACCAGAUGACCUCCCCUUGCAGGCCUCCCUCCUGGGGCCUUCCCAGUAAAGCUGUAUGUGAUUAGGAAUUCGGAACUCACAACCAUUUUUAACCCCUAGCAGGACUUCCACUUUGCAUUUCAAGUCACGUUGCAGUCUGAAGAUUAACUUUUCUUACUGCUGUGUCUGAUAAGUAGUAGCAAAGUCUGUAUGCUUAAACUACAGUAAGGAAAAGUUCUCCUCAGUCAUCGCCUAGUGUGGCCCUGGCCCUCAGCCAUUAAACAUCCCCAAGGCUCCUUGUUAGAAGGCAGGAUUUAAAGUCGGUGAAAACCUGUCUUAGUGUGCGCAGUGUCCUGGGCCCUGCGGACACGGGUGGAUGAGAGACCAGCCCUGCCCUGGGCUGGUGAGUAGCAAAGAUCAGUCUGCCAGAGUGAGACAUUGUUUUUGUAGAAAACAGGCAGUUACUAUGUCCAGUGUUUUUUGUUUUUAUUUUUUCUUUACAGGAUAAAAGUCUUUAUACAGAAACAAAGUGGAAUCUUUCAUAUAAAACCUUUUCCUCGAAGGUUCCGUGGUCCAUGUCAUGAGUGCCUGGCACGACACAGAUUUGGGCGCUGACCUUUGCACUGGCUCCAAGUGUGCCUUGCCCAGCUCCCCCGAGGACACCUGUAGGGGCCGCUGGUCCCGAUGCCCAUGUCAAGGACAGGGGGUUCAUUCUUACCACCCUCCCUGCUCCCUGGGCACCUGCGCGGGGCGGCAAGUGACUUUCACCGUUAUUUAUGCAAAAAGAGAGACACAAAACAGUGGUGGGUGCAUGGCAUGGGCCCUGCGGUCACCAGAAAUAAAUGAAAUCAGAACAGUCCCACUGAACCCUCUAAAAACCAUAUGAUCUUUUUCUUGUCACCUGCCUGUGGUGACAUCAAGGCCAGAGCUGCAGAUUCAAGAGCAAACAUUUGUGGGGGAAGCAUUGAUACCCAGAUACCAACCCUUACACUCCCUAGCUUACUUUCUAAAUAAUUCAGUUUUAAGAGAAGUAAAUGCAUAAUGUGGUUUUUUAGCCUUAAUGAGAACUUUUAAAUUAAUUAAACACGUAGGAAAGAAACACAAUCCCAGUACUGUACUGUGAGCAGAUAGUUCUGUGAACACGUAAGCACAGCCCCAAGUCUGAGCACAGUGGAGACCACCAGAGGGUAAGCUGAGGAGGAGAAGAGAGGGCUCGUUUGUCCAAAGGCUUAGUGAUGCCAGUGAGGGCUGAUUUUCCACUCAGAAUCAUCUUGCUUCUUAAACUCUGCUCAGUUGUCAUAUAGAAACAUAAAUUUAUAUAAAUAUAUAUGUCAUGUGAGUAUUUUUAAAAUUUAUCAAUGUGUACAUAUGUAGAUAUGGCCAAGUUUUGUUUAUAUAGACAUAUGGGAACACUUCUUUUAGGGGGCAGAAGUCUGAGGUUUCCGGUUUCUCCGUGGAAGGAAGCUUCUCAGGGUGUUGUGACCUCCCUACCCCACACCCUCAGAUGGCAGAGACUUCUGGCAGCUGAAUUCUUUCUCUGCUGGGACUCGGUGAUGUUCUCAGGGGCGGGGAGGAGGGGCAAAAGGAAAUUAUGUGUCUGCUUUUCGUAAUAUGCUCUUUUACAACACAAAGUCAUUUACCAUGUAAGGUUCACCGGGAAGGAAAAGACUAGAAAACAUCAGGGAUGGUGACCAAGCGAGGACUUGUAUCUUCCCAGGAUGGCACAAAGUUCCUUGAGUCCCUGUCCAAACUGCCAGUUGCCCCUUCGCGGCAGGGCCUUGGGGCCAUACCCAGGGUCUGCUCCCCUCGGCUGUGUUGCCCUUCCCACACCACCCCAAGUUUCAGAGAACCCCCCGCCCAGAGUAUUUGUGUGUGGCAGGGAGGGUGGAAGUGCCUAAACUCUCGAACCAUAGAACUAGCUUAAUGCGCUCCCGGAUUGCACAGAAGGAAGUCUGAGCACCUUGAGGCCCUACUGUCUACACGGCAUGUAGCAUCGCGUGGCACGGACCUUGCAGUCUCGAGUUUAGAGAGAAAAUGAAAACUGUAGCCUGUUCCUCCCAAAGACAACUUCCAGGUUGUCAGCCUGCCCGUGGGGUGCUCCUGACCCUUUCUGCAAAGAAAUGUUGCACUCAGACUUGUGGAAACUCUGGGGCUGGCUGGGACAUGCGCAUGUCACACCUGCUUCCGCCUCAUGCUCCAAGUGGCAGCGUCUGUCAGUUCUUUUCUCUCAAGACUCCAAACACACCGCACACUUGCAUGGCCCCAGAGCAGGGCCACUCGUUGCAGGGGAGGGCUGUUCGUUUAGUUCACCUUGUUUCUCCGAGGCUGGCCCCCGUUCUCUCUUGAACACUGUCAUUAUGUAGCAGUGGCACCUUUGGAUUUGGGGCUGUGGUUCCUCCUACACGAUCAUAAGCCUUGAGGAGUUGAAUUCUGUGUUGUGUGGUCAGGUGUCUGGGCAGGUGACAACACGUAAGGAGAUGCAAAAUGCCUCCUGCUCUACCCCCAAUCCCUGCCCUCGUCACCAGCCCCCUGGAGAAGCCCCGCUGCCCUGACUGCAGUCCCGUGGCUCUGCUGGGCCUCUAAGGGUGCCACCUCUCUGCCACACCCAGAGUCCACUGCCAGGAGCAGCUGCUGCCUGGACUUGCCACCUCACACAUGCCCAGAGGGGACCCAGGACAAAUUGCCUUGAAGAUGAGGAAAGCAUUUUACUGCUUGUUCCCUCCAUGGAAUGUCGCAGAAGAAUAACACUUUUAGGACAGAUGACCACUGAGUUUAUUCAGGAACACGCAGGCCUAAUUUAAGAGUGUAUCAGUUUGCCUGUCCAUUAACCGGUGCAGUUAAUACACAAUGCUUCUAUUUUUCUUUCCUUUUGUAAUCUUGCUUAGAAGUGUCAAAAACAAAAAAACCGCAGUCUACUGAUGAAUAAACUUGUGGAAAAACA